AUGAGGCCUUUUUUAAAAAACUCUGUAAUAGAUCUAUCAAAGGAUCAAUUUUUUCUUUCAUUCAGUCUGUUCAUAUCUAUCUAUCUAUCUAUCUAUCUAUCUAUCUAUCUAUCUAUCUAUCUGUCUGUCUGUUCGUAUCUUUUUAUCUGUCUCUGUUCAUAUCCAUCUAUCUCAGUCUCUUCAUACCUAUCUAUCUAUCUAUCUAUCUAUCUAUCUAUCUAUCUAUCUAACUAUCUAUCUAUCUAUCUCACUUUAGAUUCAUUUCUUGUUUACAAAUUAUUUCUUUUCUUCUUUUUCAUUUUGUACAUAUCUAUCUAUCUAUCUAUCUCAUUCCAUUUCAUAUCUAUCUAUCUAUCUAUCUAUCUAUCUAUCUAUCUAUGUCCGUUCAUAUCUAUCUAUCUAUCUAUCUAUCUAUCUAUCUAUCUAUCUAUCUAUCUAUCUUUGUCUGUCCUUAUCUAUUUAUAUAGAUUUCAAAUCUAUCUCUCUAUCUAUCUCUCGCUUUCACUCUCUCUCUAUCUCUAUCUCUCUCACCCUCUCUCCUUCUCUCUCUCUCUCUUCCCUUCUCUCUCUCUAAAUAUUGCCUUCUUUUCAAUGCUCGGCAGAUUAAAAUUGUCCUUGAGCCGAGGAUAUUGUUUCCCGGUCGUAGAAAUGCAGUUGCACAUGAGCUGGUCCGCUUGCUCGGCUUCCGUUUUGCCCUGUUUCCCUUUCAAAGCUGCUGACGUACGAAGGGACCCUCUCAGGUGA